ACGAUAGAAAUCAAAACGAAGGAAUAUUGUGUAAAAAAAAUUUUGGUCAAAAAUUUUCAAGUGUUUUCAACAAGCGACUUACAGAGCUCAUUUGCAGGCGAACGUGAAGUCCUAGACAAAAAGUGCUCAGAUGAGUUUCGCUUUAUUUUUAGGUGUACUAAGCGAUGGAAAAAGAAAACUAGGCAUUUUUAAAAAUUUAAUUUCAAAAGUCCCAAAUCCCUUGCACACCCUUUGCUACACUCUGACCGAAAUAAGUCCAAUUUUUUUGAUAAUUUUUUAGGUAGUCCUGUAACAUGUAUAAUUUUGAUUCUUUUAAUAAAUAAAACUAAGUACUUAGUUUGCGCUAUAAUAUGUCUUUAACCCUUUAUGGGGCUCUGUCGAUAUGUUCGACACCAUACUUUUUAUUGAUUUAUUUUUAAACUGCUAAGAGUUUGGUACUGCGAUAGUCUGUAUUCGAUUCGGACAGGUCAUAGCAAAAACGAAACGCAACAAAGAAAAAAAAAGUAUGGCUGACAUUGACAGCUGAUGACAUCUCAUGUCAUUAUUUGGCGGUUUUCUGAAGUGCAAAUUUCAUCUAAGAACAUCUUCGCGAAAAAUGAGUAAAAAGGUGAUCCCAUUAGAGAAGUUGGAAGAUGCUCUCGCAGACUUAUUUGCUCUGUCAGACGGCGAAAACUCCGAAGACGGCAAUGAGAGUGAUGAGGACGAGAAUGAAGCAGUUUUCUCAUCAUUUACCAGUAAAGAACUUCAGGAUAUUUUAUGUGGAUCUGGUCUGAAUGAAUCACAGCCAACAACAUCAACAGUUUCGAUUCUUCCGUCAUCUUCUAAUAUGGAUAUAUCUAUCACACAUGAUAGUAUUGCAGGUAGUACUCAACCUACUCCCUCUAGUUCUCGAAUGUCUUCAAUCACAAGACCUGUUGCACCUGUGGUUACACAAGCUGAUGACACGGAUAACUCGGAAGACAGUUCAGAAGAUAACUCGGAAGAUGAUGGCGAUGAAGAGUGGAAAAAAGUGCAGUUUCCACACAUUCCACCUACUGAGAAAUUUGAUGACAUUUUACUGCGACCAUCACAGUUUUUUCCUAAUCGAAGUUCUCCUGGGGCAUAUUUCAAUGUAUUUUUCAAUGAUGAAGUCCUAUUGAACAUAGUUGAUCAGACAAAUUUAUAUGCAGCCCAAAACCGAAAGAAAGAUUGGGAUAUUGUAACAUUACAGGAACUAAAAGCUUUUUUUGGUAUUUUGAUACUUAUGGGCAUUCACGUACUUCCAAAUAUAUCUCUCUACUGGUCUUCCGAUCCUAUGUUCCGUGUUGCAGAGAUUGCUAAUGUUAUGACAGUAAAGAGAUUUAAAAAGAUAUUGGCAAAUUUACACCUAAACGACAACAGUCAAAUGCCCAAGAGAGGUGAAGAAGGAUAUGAUAAACUAUACAAAAUAAGACCUAUGAUCAACAUUUUGAACAGUGCUUUCCAAAGUGGUGGAGUGUGCUCAUCAUCGCAAAGCAUAGAUGAGUGCAUGAUUAAAUUCAAAGGGCGUAGCACUCUCAAGCAGUAUAUGCCAAAAAAGCCUGUAAAACGGGGCUUCAAAGUGUGGUCGCGCUGUGACAGUCUGACUGGAUAUUUAUAUCAAUUUGAGAUUUAUACUGGAAAAAAAGAUGACGCCACUACAGAGGUUGGAUUAGGAGCCAGUGUGGUAAGAGAACUAUCUAAAACUCUGAUUGAUGAAAAGGUUGAGAAUACCCACAUCGCUUUUGACGUUUUUUAAAAAAAAAAAACUUAUAAAAAACCAAAAAAAAAGAAAGAUGAACCUAAGCCGCCUCCUCUGGUACUGGCUAAAGGAGAGUAAAAAUGGCGAGUCAACCAGAACGUCGCAUUUUUUGUAUGGAAAGAUACUAAAUUGGUGUAUGUAUUGAGUACUGCUUAUCAUCCCCAUCAGAAAACAACAUGUAGAAGAACGCAGAAGGAUGGUUCGAAGUCUGACGUUUCGUGUCCCAUAGGAAUCCUGGAGUAUACCAAAAGAAUGGGAGGAGUUGAUAGAUUUGACCAGAAGAGAGGUACAUACUCCAUCUCAAGACGUAGUAAAAGAUGGUGGAUGAGAAUAUUUUACUUUUUGGUUGAUUCUGCCAUUACAAAUGCCUAUAUAAUAUACACCCAAAAUGACAGAGUUCACAACCCUAUGACCUCCUUGCAUUUACGCACCGUGCUUGCACGUAACCUGAUAGACAACUUCAGCUCAAGGAAAAGGACUAUAGCACAAUCGCCCAACUUUAUAACUAAAAAACCAAAAGGGCCAACAAGUAGACAGAAGGACAUUCACGGAAUACCUGAUGAACUAAGGUUGAAUGAUGUGGGGUCUCACAUGCCAAUGGAGCUACCCAAAUACAGAAGGUGCAGAGCAUGCAGCAGCAAAAACCUCAACAAAACAUCCAAAAUACAGUGCACAAAAUGUCAAGUUCCAUUGUGCAUUGUACCAUGCUUUGCUCAGUUCGACACUGCCCUUCAGGGUUGAAGGGCAGUGUCGAAUAUGUCGACACCAUUUUUAAAAAAAAAAAAUCUAAAAAUUAAUAAAAAAAAUAUAUUUCUCAUAUACAAGUGUUAUUUUUUCAUUCCCCCAGCCAGAAGCUUCUGCCCCUUAAAGGGUUAAAUUAUUAUUUUUAACCAAUUUAUGUUAUUUCGGCAGACAUUUAAAACAUAAAAUGACUAAGGUGAAGUCACUAAUGCUAGACAUUGACCUAAAGGAUGACACCUACGAAAAAAAAUCCUUGUAUUAAAAACAACUUUAGUAAAAUGACUCUUACUACAACACCAUAGCACACCUAGCACCAUCUAUGAAUUGUUCUCAAAAACUCCCGACAGUUUCUGAACGAAAUUUCAAAAUGGCGUCAGUUGUUGCCAAACAUGUGACGGAGUGAGCACGCGUUCCGCGAUUUCCUAAUUUUUAGUUUAAGGACGCCGAAAUUAUAAGGUGAGUUUUGAAUCCAUAUUUGUUAUAAAAAUACUUUUUUUUUCAUUUGUAUACGUAUUAAUAAUAACUUGGGUUAGUGAUAAGCGCGCUUUUCUUCUGUUUGCUAAUAUUUUUCCGACAAAUUGUAACAUGUCUACUAUUAGUUCCAAAAAAAUUGAAUAUCUAAUAGAUGACAGACGUGUCAUCCAUUAGUGUUUCUACGUGUUAAACUCUUAUGUACGGUUCGGUGCGUUUUUGAACUCUAUUCUUAAUGAAAAUAUUGCUGUAGAGAUAUUAAUAAUGUAGGAUCACUGUAACUAAAGGUAGACAUGGUGUCUAUUAUUGGGGUAUACAUGAUGUCAAUUAUUGGUCCUAUUGUUCCAGACUGAUAACUAUGCCGCCAAUAAAAGGACAGAUGUUUCGUUACUCUGAGGCUGAUAUGGAAGCCGCUAUUCGAGAAUGCAGACGAGGAGUUGCGACGUCAACUGCGGCAAAAAAAUUUGGGGUACCUAGGGUAACUUUGCUGAAUAAAGUAAAGGGUAAGACACCAAUAAAACGAAAAAUGGGUCGAGCAUGCUACAUCUCAGAUGAUACCGAAGCUUUACUCGUAAACUGGGCGAAAGCAUUGGUAAAACGAGGCUUCCCAAUUGGGAAAGAGAACUUACAGGACAGUGUAAAAAAAAUUGUAGAUGAUUUGAAUUUAGAAACUCCAUUUAAAAAUGGAAGGCCUGGCAAAAGGUGGUACAAUAGUUUUUUGAAACGACACCCAGAGCUUAUCCCUAGACAGCCUCAAAAUUUAACAUCAUCCAGAGCUGCAGUCACAACGUCACAGUUAAAGAAUUGGUAUAAAGAAGUUAGCAUGUAUCUUCAAGAAAACAACCACACAAAUAUUUUGGCUGAACCUCAUCGUAUAUUCAAUAUGGAUGAGACUGCAUUUUUUUUUAAUCCGAAAGGGAACAAGGUACUAGCACCUAAAGGCGAAAAAUCUGUAUACCAACAAGUUAACUCGGACGAAAAAGAAUGUUUCACAGUUCUUUUAGGUGGUAAUGCUGCUGGUCAAGUUCUACCGCCAAUGGUUAUUUUUAAGUAUUUAAGAAUACCAAGAGAAUUGAGCUUGUCAGUUCCUGCUACUUGGGGUAUUGGACGGUCCGACAGUGGUUGGAUGACGAUGGAGACAUUUUACGAAUAUAUCUGCAAUAUAUUUGAUAAAUGGUUGAAUGACAAUGGUAUUCAAAAACCAGUCAUACUAUUUAUGGAUGGGCACACGUCACAUAUGUCAUUCCACCUGAGCAAGUUUUGUUCAGAAAAUGGGAUAAUCCUAAUUGCUCUGUAUCCUAAUGCUACACAUCUAUUACAGCCCAUGGAUGUGGCUAUUUUCAGGAGCUUAAAGGGCGCGUGGAGAACUGCUGUGAAGUCUUGGAGAUUAGAGAACAUCGAUGCCCCCACCUUGAGGAAAGUACAUUUCUGUCCUUUGCUCAAUCAAGUACUGACAGAAACAUUGACACCUGAGAUGUUUAUAAACGGAUUCCGUAAAUGUGGGCUCUCACCUUGGAAUCCCAAUGAAGUGUGCUCUGCACCAGAACAACCAACAGAUGAAUUCAUGGCAAUACAAAAAAUGGCGAAAAUUAAAGAACUGGAAAUGGGCCUUAAAUUCCUGGACAAAUAUAUUGCUUCAGAAAAAAUUGAAGAAAAUAUUGGGUUGUUUCAAUUUUAUAAAAAGAUUGAAGACCUAUUGACAAAAACUAAAGAAGACGUCUUGCCACCAACUGAAAACAUCUCUACUUUGAAUAAUACCACAUCAGAACAAGGCAGUAGAACUCCUUGUCAGGCAGUCCCGAGUAGCGAUCCAUUGACAAUGCCAUCCACAUCACAAGCUGUAAAUUUGGAUUUUCAGUUCCAAUAUUUAUCCCCAAAUGAAGACCCUAAAACUCCCUGCAAAGAAGUACAAGAAAGCACUACUCAAAAUCUCGAAGGCACAAUAAACACAGGAUCAUUGAUAGAACCACCUACAUCAAGUCAUUAUAAUAUACACUAACAAAAACUAAAAAUGUCUUACAAGCAACUGAAAAUCUCUCUACCUUGAAUAAUUCUGCAUCAGAACAAGGCAGUACAACUCGAAUAUUACCACAGCUUAAUACAAUCCCGAGUAGCGAUCCAUUGACUAUGCCGUCCACAUCACAAGCUGUAAAUUUGGAUUUUCAGUUCCAAUAUUUACCCCCAAAUGAAGACCCUAAAACUCCGCUCAAAGAAGUCCAAGAAGGCACUACUCAAAGUCUCGAAAACACAAUAAACACAGGAUCGUUGAUAGACCCACGAAUAUCAAGUAGGCCACAAGAUAGAUGUCCAAGGAAGAAUGCAGAUAAUAUGGUAAUACCUAGUCCAUUUAAAAGAGCAUUGUUUUGGCCAACUCCUAAACAAAACUCAAAAGG